GAAUCUCUCCUCCAUCAAGCCCAUUUAAUUUCUAAAAUUGACCAUAGUAGGUCCAAAUAUUUCUUUUUUAAAUCUUACUCCCCAAUCUAGGACCAACCCAAAAGAAACGAAAUCCAGGCCAAUUUUUACUUGGACCCAGUCCAUAAACAAACCCUCUUAACCUGGGCGAUUGCAAUUCGGGCAGCGAGUCUGAGAGCGGCUUCGGGUAGAGCAGAGAAGAGCUAUGGCGGCUAACUGUGCGAGAAGAACCCUACUAAUCUCUUCAGCUUCUGCCAAAGCCCUGCUAAGCCGUACUUCAUCUUCUUCAUCACCUUUGGCUGCGAAAGCUUCCAAGUUGACUGGAGGACUCGCUGUUCAGAAGCGCGUCUUAUCCAGGUUUUGCAACGCCUCUAUAACAUGGCCAAUGAGUUCCUGUUCUAAGUAACUAGCCAGAUAAACGCUCGCACCGGAUUUUAUUUCAAUCCAUGUUUCUAAUUGUGGUUGCACUAGAUUCAUCAUCUUCAGAGCAAGAUGGUUCUCUCUUUCUUUGUUUUUGUGGUCUUUUGUUUUAUAUUUUUUGAAGUGUGAUGAUGAUGAUGUUCACCUUCACCACCCACCCAUCUGAUUUAGAGUUCUGAAAAGAGAUGGGUCUCUCCCGGUGAGAAACUCUGCGAUUUGCCAAGUUUUGUGUUUAUCAUAAUUGGUGAAUUAUUUCUAGAAUGGUAAAGAAGAAUAGUGAAAGCUCUUAUAAUCCACAAAGACUAGAAUAGUAGCUUUUUGACCUCAAAGCAGUCUCCUUUUUGGAAUGGAUUUGGAACCUUAGCUUUCUUUUCUAUCAAUGAAUGUAGGGUUUGAUGUGUUGUAGAUUUGUGCUUUCUGAAUCUACAUUUUCUCCAUGCGAUCAAUGAUCUUCUACGUCUCAAGUUUUGACUUGUGUAUUUAACAAGGAAGAGGAUAAAUGCACAGUACUUUUCUCAAUAUUUUACAUAACUUUGUUUUAAAAUAAGGGAUAUUUUUGUAAAAUACCUCACAAAAGUUGCAUUGUCUCGGAUGUGGUUUGUGUCCUUUUGCACUCGAUUAAUGGUCAUUAUUAUUUUAGGACCAAAAAAAAUAUUUCCCUAUAAAACGACGUAGGAAAGAGAAAAUUUUGUUGGAUGCUUAUGCAUUAUUUAAAUCGCAAGUAAAGCAGUCGAACGACCGGCAGAUUGACGUCGGUUUGGCUCUAAUUCGAAAUGAUCAUGACGCGACGCACCAGCAAAAUAUGACCGUUGCCCAACGUUCCUGAAAUCUAUAUUUCAAAAAAGUUGUACCUUUCUGGGAGCUACUUACCCGUAGCCAACGUCCAGAGUCCACUUCGUCCUGCCUAGGUGAUGAAAACUCUGUAAAAGCUGAGAACCGCCGGGUCAAUUCAUGCCAUAGAUUCCGUUGCUCUAAUUUUCUUCGGUUUUUCCUGAGUUCUGGGUUGGUGGGUGUCCUAGGUUGGUUCCGAUUCUUUUCCUUGCAAAUCGUAGUCGCUUUCCAGAGUCUAACUGGAGGUCGAUCACUGUUUUGGGUCACUUUUUUGACUCUCGAAGGCCAUGGCGACAUUGGCACCGGGAAUUCUGUUGAAGCUUCUCAAUGGAAUGAACACAGGCGUCAAACCGACCAACGAGUACCGGAGCUCGCUUCUGCAGGUGACAGACAUCGUCCCGGCGGAUCUCGACGAGAAGAGUCUUUGGCCGAAGCACGGGUUUUACAUUAAAGUUUCCGACUCUUCUCACUCUAUCUAUGUCAGUCUUCCCUCUGAACAUAAUGAUUUCGUUCUCAGCAAUAAAAUGCAGCUGGGGCAGUUCAUCUAUGUCGAUAGAUUGGAGCCAGGGUCUCCGGUUCCAGUUGUUAAAGGUGCGAAACCACUUCCUGGCAGACACCCGUUUGUGGGCACGCCGGAGCCGUUAAUGGGUCUUAGAGAGAGAGGUGAGCCAAAGUCCAACUCAAAACUCUCAGCUCCCAGAAGGGGCUCUUGGGGAACGGGACCGGAUGGCACCGACUGUGUGUCGUCCCCUAUGGUUUGCAAGCCUAUUAAUUUAGACUUCGAUCAGUGUACACCAGUGAAAGAUCGUAAUACCUCGGUGAAAGAGGGAAAUGCUAAUUUUCCGAUGUCUCCGAUGAUAAGGGGGAAGGUGGGGAAGGAUGGAAACUGUGUUAGAUGUUCUUUUGGCGAAGGGCUAUUGGCGAAGAUGGUGGAUGCAAAGGGAGAAAGCCCUGCUUUUCUUAGGAAAAGCUGUGUAGUCCCUUCUCCUUCGAAAUUUCCAAGGAGCAGAAGCGUUUGCGAAAGAGAUCCUAAGAUCCCAAUAAAUCCCUUAAACUCAGCCGAAAAGAAAACUUCAACUCCCGCUCCGCGCUCAAGGAGUGCUGCAAGAGUGGCAACUUCUCUCAAUAUGACGGGGGAUGCCCAGAACUCCGGUUCAAAAAUUACUCAAUUACAGUCAGAGUCUGGUAAUGCAGCUCCUGAUAUCAGCACAAGUCUCCCCAUGAAUUUGCCUGGAAAACUUGGCAUGCUGGGCAAGGAAGCAGUGCAGCAUCGAGAAACAGCUCAGAAAAUUGCCCUUCAAGCACUCAGGGAUGCUUCAGCCACGGAGGCAUUAGUUCGGUGUCUCAAGAUGUUUUCAAACUUGAGUAAAUCAGCUAAACCUGAUGCUCCAGUGGCCUGUUUUGAUCAGUUUCUAGAAUUUCAUCAUCAAAUUGUGCAAGCAGUGACUGACAUGGUGUCCAUUCAAGCAGCUACUUCAGCCUCUGAAAUGGCUCAAAACCCAAAUGCUAAAAAGAAAGAUUGCCCAACUGGCGAAGAGUCCCCAAUUUUACACGAAAUCAUACCCAACUCGUUGGACCAAAGCCGAAAUUCAGAACUGACAUUAUCGAAAAGGAGAACAGCAUUAUACAAAUCCAUUGCAGCCUUUCCUGAAAGAGGUGAGCAGAGGACAAAUCUGGGAAAACUCCUGAGAUCAAAUAGCAACCCGAAGACAUGCUUCGAACGGAAAGGACCAUCUACUCCACUUGGGAAGCUGCCACUUGAAGCUGCCUGUGAGAAUGACGAAAACAAAAAACCUUCAUGUUGUAGCCUAAACAAUACAAUCAAAUUGGGAAGGCAGAUUGAAACAGAAGCUGGAAACUGGUUUAUGGACUUUUUGGAGAAGGCUUUGGAAACAGGCAUGAAGAAAAUGAAAGGUGCAGCAAAUGGGGAUGCUCGGAAGGUUCCUCAAUCUCUUAUACUUAAGGUUAUUAACUGGGUGGAAGUAGAGCAGUGUGAUAGCAGUAAGCGAUCUGUUCAUCCCAAAGCAACACAGCUAGCUCGGAAGUUGAGGAUCAAGAUGAAGAAUCCUUGAGUGUCACUUAGGGUAUGAGUAAAGUUCUGGCAGUGUUUGUGUUCCAACCAUAUGAAGAUUCUGUUGCAUUUGUUGAAUCACAUAUGUGCAUAUAUGCAUGCAUGGAUGUACACGUAAUAGGCUUUAUUGCUUGAAGCAUUUAUUCAUAUAUAUUCUUUUAUUUCCUUUUUGUAAACUACUUCACACCUUGCCUAAUUUCCAUUUUCAUCGACCAUAUUGUUUGGAUAAGCUUAAACCAA